AUGAGACGUGUUUUUAUGUGCCCGCGUUUGGAGUGCGAACGACUGUUGGGCGCAGCUGCGUUGUCACGCCCAGUGGCAGGCACGAUAGGUUCGCCAGUUGCGCGAUCUCCUUUUGUUGCGGUUCAAGAUGCUAAAUCGGAAAGAGAAGCUUCGAAAGAUGAGGUGGAGCCGGCGCAACCUCCGCCCCCACCAGAGGCACAUCGGGAGCUAGCAGCCCUUUGUGUAAGCAGCGGCUACAUACUGCGCUUUGAUGGGUUUGAGUCCUUGCCAAGCGGUUUUCGUUGCGUGUUCCGUGUGGAGUUCAGACAGAACGGGCAAGCAGUGUCCAAGGUUUUUCGAUCAAAGAGAGUACAUGGAUCCAUUCGUGCUGCCCAAAAUGACGCGGCUGCAGAGGCCUUGUCGGAGCUUCAGAAUGACAGUCAG